GGGCGCCUCGGCGCCUGGGCGAGGAUGGGAGUCCCCGGCAUCCGGAGCUGAGCCAGCCGGCGCGGCGGGGAAGGCGCGCCAAGGAAGGCGAGCCGAGGAAGGCGAGCCUCGCUGUUCCUCCGGGAGCCUAACACCGUUCCCGCGCCGCCACGAUGAUCCCUCCGAGCGGCGCCCGUGAGGAUGGCGUGGACGGGCUGCCCAAGGAGGCGGCGAGCGCCGAGCAGCCGCCCUCUCCUGCAUCCACCAGCAGCCAGGAAUCCAAGCUCCAGAAACUAAAACGAUCGCUCUCCUUCAAGACCAAGAGUUUACGGAGCAAAAGUGCUGACAACUUCUUCCAGGGAACCAACAGUGACGGGAAGCUGCAGGCAGACCCGCUGGCUGAGGUCAGCCCCGGCUCCAGCCCUCUCCCGGUCCCCGGAAGCCUCACGUCCACACCCACCAGGGCUAGCCUCUACCCAGGCGGCGGCGGCAAGGCCCACGCCUUCCAGGAACACAUCUUCAAGAAGCCCACUUUCUGUGACGUCUGCAACCACAUGAUCGUAGGAACGAACGCUAAACACGGGCUGCGCUGCAAGGCCUGUAAGAUGAGCAUCCACCACAAGUGUGUGGACGGCCUGGCACCCCAGCAGUGCAUGGGCAAGCUGCCAAAGGGGUUUCGGCGUUACUACAGCUCCCCCUUGCUCAUUCAUGAACAGUUUGGAUGCAUUAAAGAAGUUAUGCCCAUUGCCUGUGGCAAUAAGGUGGACCCUGUGUACGAGACCCUCCGCUUCGGCACCUCCCUGGCCCAGAGGACAAAGAAGGGCAGCUCCGGCAGUGGCUCUGAUUCGCCUCACAGAACCUCUACUUCAGAUCUCGUGGAGGUUCCUGAAGAAGCUGACAGGCCAGGAGGCGGAUACGACCUACGGAAACGCAGCAACAGCGUGUUCACGUACCCAGAAAAUGGCACUGACGAUUUCAGAGACCAAGCAAAGAACAUAAACCACCAGGGACCUCUUUGCAAAGACCCGUUACAGAUGAACACCUAUGUUGCCUUGUACAAAUUUAUCCCACAAGAGAAUGAAGAUUUGGAGAUGAGGCCAGGAGACAUUAUUACUCUUCUCGAGGACUCCAAUGAAGACUGGUGGAAAGGGAAAAUUCAAGACAGGAUUGGCUUCUUUCCAGCCAACUUUGUUCAGAGAGUACAACAAAAUGAGAAGAUUUUUAGAUGUGUUAGAACCUUCACUGGGUGUAAGGAACAGGGGCAGAUAACACUGAAAGAGAAUCAGAUCUGUGUGACUUCGGAAGAAGAACAGGACGGCUUCAUCAGAGUCCUCAGUGGAAAGAAGAGAGGCCUCGUCCCCCUCGACGUUCUAGAAAACAUCUGACUGCCGGCCCCUCCUCCUCUGGCCGGCGGCGAGCCCCGCUGUGACGCCUCAUCUCACGCUGUGUUAACCCAGAGGAGCUGCCGCGCUGACCGGCCACCCAGGAAACAGUGAGACCAGACUCAAGGCUCUGAGACUGCGGGGUAACAGCCACAUGGCAGAGGGCCCAUCGCAAGCACGUCCAAGGCUGCCCAAGGUGGGGCUGAGGCUGAGAGAGUCGGCCCGAGUGCUGUCCUAGGGGGCAGUAACCACCGCCGCGCAUAGGACUCAGCUCCGUCCCUGGCCGUGUGGUGUGACAGCCAGCCCGCCCGAGUGUGCUCCAGUCUGCGGGGUGGCCCCAGUGUGAGGCUCAGACCCACGCAGCCAACUGAGAUUCUGGUUCCAGAUCUCUGUCCCCAAUACUGGCCAAUCAGCAUCCUCACAUCUGAGACCCCAAGCAGUCUUUCUGCAGAACAUCAGGAAGCCCUGCUCCCUAGCCCCCAACAUUCCAGGGCUCCCCACAGACCCCCUCACAUUGCCAUCGUGCCAUCUCUUCUGUCCCUGAGUAUGUCCUGGCGGUGAGCGUUCCGUGUGAGGGCUAGGCUGACAUGGCGCCGGCUGCACAGACCUGAUCUGCCCCCAGGUUGCCGUAGGCGGCCCCUCCUGCCACUCUGGUUACCGACAGGGCUGGCAGAGCAGGAUGCAGUGGGCAGAGAAGGGGCACGGAGGGGCAGAAAGCCCUUACUUACUGAUGAUCAGAAGCCCUUUCAGUCAUGAAGUCCUUUCCCCAAGGAGAUGGGGUUGGGGAAGACAGUGUGGCAAAACAUCUCCAUGGUGAGCGUGAGCCUCCUGUUACGUCCUCUGUAUCAGGGGUAGCAGUUUUCCCUUCUGCCAUCCUGUAGGGCCCCCCUCUUUAGACGCUGAGCCCACCUUGCGGGGAGCCAGAAAGAGCAUCUUAGAAAAGCAGCCAAAUGGGAAACUGUUCUCAUGAAGAGCAGAAUAUUAUGCCCCAGCAGAUGCAAAAUGGGAAAGAGUCUUUGACGCUUCAUCCCUCUGAAGGCAAGAGACUUGGCGCCUGUUUAGCAUCGAGGGGAACCUCUGUGGCUCAGUAUUUGUAUUGAUGUUUACAAGAAUGCAAUCUACUGUGAUGCCUUCCUCCCCAGACCUCCUCCCAGCAUUCCAACUUGCAUCCUAUUAGUCAUUAAUACGGUUAAACUUCGAUUCACAAAGACCUGCAGUGUCCCUUUGGUUUAUUUUGUUACAGAGCAAUAAAAUCAUUGGAACCGUUGGUUUUUAAAAGACUUAAUUGGAUACAUCCCAGGCAGUAAGCAUUAUCUCCCAAACCAAAGCAUAGUUAGUCUCCACUGAUUUCUUUUGUUACUGCUCAGCGUGAAGCCCAGGCAGGAUGGCUGCUGGUUUCUAGCAGUUGGGAUGCCUUACUCUCAGUUUAAAAGCCAGCAUCCAGAAUUUCCUCGCUCUCUGAUACAUGAAAAACAGAGUCAAGAUGGACUCUUUGAGAGCCAGGGUGGAUAAUAUGACUGCCAUUCCAUAACAUGGUACGCCGCAAUACAGACGUGCUUUGCCUCUAAGUCAGUAUUCCAUUUAAUAAAGACAACACCAUGGCUGGAAGGAGCAUAGAAAACAUGUGUCCUGAUCUCUUCUUUCUGGUAGAACAUCCACAGAAACUUUUGCGUACAGUUGUGUUGCAUCGUAUGCAAAUUUAAUUUGCAUUUUAAAAAAAAAAGCAGUUUGCCUUUUUAAGUUGAACAGAAGGAGGCUACAGUAGCUAGCCUCCAAGGUGGUCCCCCAGUGAGCCCUGCCGCCUGAUAUUCCUGCCUUUGUGCAGCCAUUCCCACGUUGAGUCAGGGCUGGUCUUAUGUCACCAACAGGAUACAGCAGAGUGAUAGUGCAUGACAUCCGUGCUGGGUCACAAAGCCCCUGAAGCCUCUGCCUUGAUCCCUUGGAACACUCACCCUUAGGAGCCCUGAGCCACCAUGUAAGUUUACCCACUGUGAGCCCACAGUGCUAGAGAGACCGAGCAAGACCACAUGUUACUGCAGCUGAGCGCAACCCAGACAUCACAGAGCAGCAGUCAUCCUGCUGAGCCCUGCCCCAAGGGAAAGAUUUAUGAGCACGAUAAAUAUGGGUUUUUUAAGUCAUUAAGUUUGGGAGUGAUCUGUUACACAAAAAUAGGUAACUGGAACAGGAACUCUGUAAUUUGAGCCAAUGUUAGAAAGGAGAAAAAAUACUUUCUGCACAAGGUGAACCAUAAGGUUUUGCACAUAUCAAGUACUGGCAGGCGGUUAACCCUCCAAAUGCAAGAUGUCUAGUGUUCCUUAAAGAUCUGGAGUCAUCCAGAUAUCAGAGAGAAAGUAAGAGAUUCCUCAUAACCCAGAUCGCCAUGGAUGCUUACACACACACACACACACUCUCCCGUCAAGAGGAAGAGGCCAGCAUCUGGUUAUGUACUGAAAGUAGCCAGCUGGGUAGCACAUAGUAGGAGCUUAUUACAGGUUUGCUAUUAAAAGGAGAAAAAUAAAAUCAGUGGGAAGAUCACACACACAUAAAUACCCCGGUGCCAAGUAUUGCUAAAAGGCAAAAAAAAAAAAAAAAAAAAAAGGCACUACAGAAAUCCGAAAGCUGGUCCAGAUCAUUGGCUGCUCCAAGGACAAGGGAGCCAGGGAGGAAACUUACUGUCAGCCCCAGCCCAGAGCCAGGCCCGUGCAGCUGUGAAAAAAGCGUGAUGUGCAUAAACAGAAACUUGAGAUAUAAAUAAGUUGAUUUAGAACCUGCAGAACAUUUAUUAGCAUUGGCUAGUUCAUUCCAAGGAACGCAGUUGGGAAAAUUCGGUAGAGAAUUCUUAUAUAAUAUUGGGUCCACCUAACAGCCCCAGUGCUCCCUAAUAGUCCCUUUCUUCCUACAACUCACUGACAUACUUGUGUAGUACUGAAAAGGACACACAAGCAUUGUAAAAACUAAAGGCUGAAAGCCAGCCUACUCUGGAAUCUGAGU